CUUUAAGCCGUGGGGUGGGGCUCGCUUUCCGCUGCCUCUUUAAGUGAUGGCCCUUACUGGGACCCGUAGUGACGCGCUCUGCCAAUGGCCGCGUCAACUGUGUGAUCUCGGUGCAUGCCGGGAAUUGUAGUUCCCGGUGUCUCCGGUGCCGGUCCCGAUGGCGGCGGCGGCGCGGCUGCUGCUGCUGCUGGUGGUGCUGGGCUGGGUCCGGCCCGGCGCCUGCACCGACCCUCCGGGCGGCGGCUGGCUGGCGGGCACGGUGCCGGAGGAGCCACGCUGCACCGUGGAGCGAGCCGAUGCCUCCCUCACCUACUCUCUCUUCCUGCAGCGGUUCGCCUUCUCCCGGCCAGUGAUCCUCGGUGGGGUCACGGACAAUUCGGUGAGUGCCGCGAGGGGACAGAGGGUUCCGGGUGGGACGCACCUCCCGGUGCCCCGGGAGCGGCGGCAGCAUCCCGGCUCCCCGCGCUCCAUCCCCCAGGCGUUCCGAGCCCUCUGCACCCGGGACAAGCUGCUGGCAGCCUUCGGGCCCUUCCCGGUGCGGCUCAGCACGGCCAACACCUACUCGUACCGCAAAGGAGUACGUGGAGCACCUGCUGAAGCCGCAGGACCCGGCCCGGCUGGGCAGCGACACCCUCUACUUCUUCGGGGACAACAACUUCACCGAGUGGGGCCCCCUCUUCCAGCACUACGUGCCCCCUCCCUUCCGCAUCCCGGGCACCAGCCCCGCCUACAGCUUUGGGAUCGCAGGCUCAGGCUCUGGCGUUCCCUUCCACUGGCACGGCCCUGGUUUCUCCGAGGUGAUUUUCGGCAGGAAGCGCUGGUUCCUGUACCCGCCGGACCAAACCCCGCACUUCCACCCCAACGAGAGCACGCUGGCCUGGCUCCAGCACACCUAUCCCACGCUGCCGCCGGCCCAGCGCCCGCUGGAGUGCACCCUGCGCCCCGGGGAGGUCUUGUACUUCCCCGACCGCUGGUGGCACGCCACACUCAACCUGGACACCAGCGUCUUCAUCUCCACCUUCCUGGGCUAGGGCUGGCAGGGACAAGGACACCUCACCACCAUCCCAGCCAGACCAGGAGCUCCAGCUCCUGCCACCCUCAGGGACAGGCCACUGGUAUUGGGACCAACUGCCUGAGACAGUUCCCUGGUCUUUGGAUUAAAGUUGUUCUACUGAAGCACGCUGUGUGUUGCUACAUCCCUGGAGCAAACCUGGUCCCCGUAGGAUGGCAGCGAUUCCCCAGCCAGGAUAUCCCCAGAAAUGGCUGCUGUGAACCACUCCAGAUCCUUUUCCACGUUUAUUGCUGAAUUUUUUUUUAUUCUUUUUCUAUAUAUAUAUAUUUUUUAAUGGACAUUGGCAAACUUCCAGAGGGCGCUCAAAAGCCAGGCAGGCCGUCGGCCGACCGAAACGCUGGAAUCUCACUUGGAUGCAAAUCUGUUGGUUAUUUUUUGUAGGGUUUUUAAGGGAUUUCAUUAAAAGGAAGAAGAACUUUAA